ACUUUGUUUAUGAUUGAAUUCGUGAAAUAUUAAAGCCUCAAGUUAUUCCAAUUUUAUUACUAAUCGAGAUUUCUUCGAUUAAACUGAAUUACUUGCUAAACUCCAGUGUCCAGUGUGUGUUUUAGUUAAAUAACUUUAAACCUCAUGAAUUCAAGUUCUUAUAAAUUAUUUUGUGGUGCUCUGGGCUCGGUUAUUGGAUUUAUAAUUGCUAUAUUCUCGAACAACCAUUUAGGCUCAUAUAAUUCAACGCCUACAACUAUGGACCAAUUAUACCCCCCUGAGGGUUUUAAUACGGAUAUGAUUGCGGCAGAGAAUUUAGGUUCUUCCAUUUGGUGCAACAUCAGGUUUGAUAGUACCAAGUUCUGCAAGUUCAACAAUCUAUAUUACAUUCCUAAAUUCAAGGGGCACUUUUUCUUUUUAAUUAAUGAGUUUUCUGUAAUAUCUGGAGUUGAUGAUCUAAAAAAAUUAAGCCUGUCAACAGUUCAAAACCACAGUGGAUUAUAUUUGAAACUUAUACUGAUCAAAUCCACUCAUCAUUUACUUAAAGAAAACUUUACUGUAGCAAAUAUGAACUCAUUUAUUUUAAAACGAUUUAAACCAGACAAUAUAAUGCAUGUUAUUCAUGACGACUUGUUACCACUCUUCGUAACAUAUAAAGAGUUGUGCUCAGGAAAUAUUUCAUUGUGUUCAUCAACUUAUCAAUUAUUGCUGAUGGACAGUCCAAACGAUUAUGAACCAUAUUAUGAAUGGUACAAGCACUUUUCUAUCCAUACACCAAUCAUCCUUGGCAAAUUAAAGAACCCAUUGUGUAUUAAAAAAGGAUAUUUCGGUUUGUCAAAUUCAAGCAUUUGGUUUCAAUACGGAUUUAAAACCACUCAAGGGCCAGUCCUAGAAAGUAAUAUAAAUGGCUUCAUCUUGGCAGAAUUCAGUGAUUUUAUCAAGAAGCAGUUCGGGGUGAAAAGAGAAAUAAACUUGGACCAUUCGGAUAUUUUACCAAUAUUAUUAUUUAGUCGAAAACUUAACCGUAAAAUAAUAAAUGAGGCUGCUAUGCAAGAUAGUAUGGAAUACAUUGCCGAGUCAACAUUAAAAAAAAACUUUUCAAUAAUAAAUUUGGACCUGUCAACAAAUAACUCCACAAGCAUAAUCAAUUAUCUACACCAGUCUCAGCUUUUAGUCGGUAUGCAUGGAUCGGCCAUGAUUUUAGCCAUAUUCAUGCCGCGAGGAUCCCGUAUCAUAGAACUUUUCCCUUUUGGAAUACAACCUAACUUUGUAUCUCCUUUGCGGGCUCUGUGUCAAAACAAACAUAUCUACUUCAAUUAUGAAUCAUGGGUGAACAUGAACGAGUCCAACACUAUAACUCAUCCUGAAUAUCCACCACUGCAUGGAGGAAUUCUCCACCUGGAAAAAACUAAACAGGAAGAAAUAAUAAAAGUUAAAACUGUACCGCCUGUAGAGUGCUGUCAUAAUCCAGUAUAUUUAUUCAGAAUGUUUCAAGAUACGAUAGUCGAUGAAAGCUUCUUCACUAUGUUUCACAGCUUUGUUUCCAAACAAACUGAUUAUGAUUCAUCCAAACAAACAAUAACAAAACAGAAAUUACAGUAUGAAAUAGAGAGGUGGUAUUUCCCUCCACCUGUGUUCAAUGUAAGUUGUAUAUGUUAUGAUCAACAGUUAAAACUCUCUUGGAACUAUCCGUUUAUGCACAAAGGGAUAACGUUCAGUAUUGCAACUAGCAAUGGAGUUUUGGCUAUAUCAGAAGAAACUAAUAUCUCGUUUGAAAUGAACGAGUGUGACAAAAACAAACAACUAUCAUUUUCAGUCUGGAUAAAGGUUAUUGAUGGCACAAAAGAAAGCUUGGAUUAUUUUGAAGAAUGUGAAAUUUCUUACAAGAGAUAGUUUGAUUAACAUCUCAUGUCAAAGUUCCAACUUCUGAAAAAAUGAUAC